AUUCAUUGCUUACCACAGUAUGGCCGGCGAUAUUAGCUAGCACUCGCUCACGGUAUUCUCUGUCAAAGGGAAGACGGCAAAACUAAGAAAAUACACCUGGAUUGUUACUUAAGGACUGUACUUAUAAUAAAUUAUUCCGGUCAAGCAAGGACUGAAUAACUACGGUUACCAGCGUUUAUUUUCUGUUGUCGGCGUCUGUUGUCUCACGAUGGAGGAGAACGGUGCACACUUCUUCGAGGGGACGGAGAAGCUGCUGGAGGUGUGGUUCACCCGGCAGGACGAGGCCAAGGGGACCGGCGACCUCCGCACCAUCCCGAGGUUUGAGUGGGACAAGCUUCUGGAGAAUGUGCAUUGUUUGAUCAUUAGUGUGACAAAGACUGACAGACAGGAAGCUUAUAUACUCAGUGAGAGUAGCAUGUUUGUCUCUAAGAGACGGUUCAUUUUGAAGACGUGUGGAACCACCCUCUUACUGCAAGCCCUGGUCCCCCUGCUGGAGGUGGCCCGCCAGUACUGCGGCUUCGACGCCAUCAAGAACUUCUUCUAUUCCCGAAAGAACUUCAUGAAGCCCACGCAGCAGGAAUUCCCUCAUCGUAACUUCCAGGAGGAGGUCGACUUCCUGGCUCAGAUCUUCCCAAACGGAGCUCCCUACUGUAUGGGCCGUUUGAAUUCUGACUGCUGGUACCUGUUCACCCUGGACCUGCCGGAGUUCUGGGAGAACAAACACGCGGACCAGACCCUGGAGGUUCUGAUGAGUGACCUGGACCCAGCCAUCAUGGACCUGUUCUACAUGAAAGACGGGGUUUCUGCUAAUGAUGUCACUCGUAUGAGUGGAAUACGUGACCUGAUCCCAGGUUCAGUGAUUGACGCCACGAUGUUUAACCCUUGUGGCUACUCCAUGAAUGGAAUGAAAACGGACGGUACCUACUGGACCAUCCACAUCACUCCAGAGCCAGAGUUCUCCUACGUCAGCUUCGAGACCAACCUCUCCCAAACGUCCUACGAUGACCUCGUCCGCAAGGUCGUGGACGUCUUUAAACCUGGAAAAUUCGUCACAACGCUUUUUGUGAAUCAGACCUCCAAGUGUCGCAGUGUGUUCUCCUCGGCCCAGAAGCUGGAGGGCUUCCGCCGCAUGGACCGCCAGCUGGCCCAAUUCAACGACUACAACUUCGUCUUUACUAGUUACGUGAAAAACCACAACCAGCAGAGCUGAGAGAUGAAGGAGAGGCGUAGAAAGAAGGGCGCGUGCGGGGGCUGUGGCCCCCGCGUCCGUCCGCCCCCCCCGGGGGAGCCCACCUCUCUCCUCCGUCCUCGUCCCCCGCGUCUCCGCCUGGCCUCCGGCGGACCUUGUUGUUGUACCUUUGACUUAGAACUCUUGCAUGACCGCUCUUUUCUCUGUUUAGAUAUGCUAGCUCAUUCUUGCUGUGAUGUUGACGUGCAUGUUUGGGAAUUAAACAUGCACCCUGCCAGCAGGCCAUUCCUGCCCUCCUCCCCCCUCCUCCCCCACACCCAUGGGUCCUCCCACCUUCUUCUGCGCACACAGAGCUCCUCCCCCCUCAUCGCCCACAUUCAUGGCUCCACCCCUCUCCUCCCCGCUCCUGAAGGCUCCGCCCCCCUCCUCCCUCGCACACACGGCCCCUUCCCCCUCCUCCCCUGCACACAUUGCUCCUCCCACCCCCGCCGCCUCCCCCUCAUACACGGCUCCUCCCACCUCCUGCCCUGCAGACAUGGCUCCACCCACCUCCUCUCCCACAGACAUGGCUCCUCCCCCCUCAUCCCCAACAGACAAGGCUUCCGAGCCCACUAGGACCGCCCCUGACAUGCUCAAAUGGCCUCUGAUUGGUCCCCCCUGCUGAUGUGUGUAUUGUACUCACGACUGCACUUUAGACGAACUCCACCCCCCCCGCC